AUGUAUCCGUGUACUUUGAGACUCGGGGCACAUGACCCCUCUGGAAAAAUCUUGGACCAGACAGCAUGCCAUAACAUGGAACCAUCUACAGCUAUUGUGAAGAUCAUAGAUCAGACUGGUGUUGGGGUUAUUAAAAGUGUUGGAGUACAAUCGUUCCCCUCACCAAUAGCAGAGGGUGCUGAAGGAGAUAGGCUGUUGGGACCUCCCGCUGUUGCUGUCGAAUUAGGAGUCGUUGGUGAGGCCGGUCCCGUUGAGAUGGAUAUCAACAUGGUUGCCGAAGCUGUCCCCGGUAGGAGGAGCAAAAGGUUAAGGACAUUUUCUACUAAGUUGGAUGGCCGGUUCCAGUACGACAAGAAGACUAAACUGUUAGUUGGACACCCUUCCCCGGUCGUCAAGGAUCUUAAUUUUGUAGAUGACCCGGAGAAACGAUGCCAAAGAUCAAUCAGCCUGGGUGGUGAGGCUUCUCUUUCUAAUACAAAGGUGUUUGAUAUAAUAAAGAGGAAAAAACAUCUCUCAUCCAAGGUCAUGAAUGCAUUGAUCAAGUUUAGCCGGCACUUAUUACGGACUGAGGACCUUGAUGGGGAAAAACUGCGAGUGGACUUGUCAGAUUCGAAUUUUGUAUCCUUGUUAUUACGGCAAUUUUUGAAGUUUUCCAAAUCCACCGUUCAUGGGAAAUUCAAAUUUCCCGGUGACGUCGUUGCGCAACUAGUAUGUGGUGGAGAUAGUGGACGUCCUGAGCUUUUUACCGAAGCUGACUUCCUUUAUGUGCCAUUCAGUUUUGAUCUGAACCAUUGGGUGUCUUUGUGCAUUGAUCUCUGCAGCGUGAGCAUUGUUGUUCUUGACUCCAAUACCCAACUUCGGAAAUAUCAUGAAAUUUUUGGUGAAUUACAACCCUUUGCGCUAAUGCUGCCAUAUCUUCUCAUCCAUGUUGGGGUUUAUCAUGGGAAAAGGAAGAGGUCAACGACCCCUUUCAGCAUCACAAGGCCAUCUAGCAUACCCCAGGUACACUGCCCUGCAUAUUAUGGCAUUAUGUCAAUUUUUUUGAUACACGCACAAGCAACCGGUGGCUUAGAGGAGUGUUAUGAGUUGACGGUCGAGCAAUUGGAUCCAGAGCUGAAGAAAUUUGUAUCUGCUAUAAUCCUUGCUGGCGUUGAGUAG